CAGAGAGUGUGAGUGAGAGAGAGGCAGCAAGAGGAAGAGAGAGUUGUAGGAGGUGCAGAUGGGGAUGCCCCUUAAGAAAGUAGUGCAGUAUCUUCUGUCUACUGUGCCGACUGCAUAAGUGAUCCGGUGUCAGAGGAGCACAGGACUGUAGAGAGGGACCAUGGCUUCCCUCAGCCCUUUCGGACGGUCCAGCAAGGACAUUAUGAAUGUGAUGCAGAGGCUGCAAGAUGAACAGGAGGCGGUGCAGAAAAGAACUUUCACAAAGUGGAUUAAUUCACACUUGGCCAAGCACAAACCUCCUUUUGAAGUCAGUGACCUCUUUGAGGACAUCAAGGAUGGGGUGAAACUGCUGGCUCUGUUAGAGGUGCUGUCUGGACAGAGAUUACCAUGCGAACAGGGUCGCCAGAUCAAAAGGAUCCACUGGGUGUCCAACAUCGGCACAGCUCUUAAGUUCCUGGAGGGAAGGAAGAUCAAACUAGUCAAUAUCAAUGCCACUGACAUUGCUGAUGGACGCCCGUCCAUUGUCUUGGGGCUGAUAUGGACCAUUAUCCUCUAUUUUCAGAUUGAGGAGUUGACCAGUAAUCUUCCAGCCCUUCAGGCUUUAUCCAGCAGUGCGUCUUCGGUGGACAGCAUGGCCAGCUCGGAGACGGGAAGCCCACCUAUGAAACGCAAAGUGAUAACAAAGUUUCAGGGCAAUGCCAAAAAAGCCCUGCUCAGAUGGGUCCAAAGCACAGCAACCAAGCGUCUUGGGAUUGAAGUUAAAGACUUCGGUGUUAGUUGGCGCAGUGGUGUGGCCUUCCAUUCUGUUAUUCAUGCCAUUCGUCCAGAACUCGUGGACAUGGACAUCGUGAGAAAAAGAAGUAAUCGUGAGAACCUGGAAGAGGCCUUCAGUGUGGCAGAAAAUGAACUGGGAAUACCGCGUUUACUAGAUCCUGAAGGUACUGAUAUGACUUAUUUUACCCCAAAAUCUCUCCACAGUGAACGGCUUUCAAAGCAGAUCUCUCCUUUUGAUAUUUGCGAUGCUUUUGUGUGGCUUGUGCAGCUCUUAGACUGGCACAUCCAUCUGGAUAAGUCUUUGCCGGGCCCUCUUGGAGUGAUCGGAGCCUGGCUGCAUCGGGCAGAACUUUCCCUGAGAGAGGACAUACCCAUUCAACAGGCCCACGAAGAGACGGCCAACAUCAUCCACAGAAAACUGGAACAGCACACGGAGGUUUUGAAGAAUUUGGAGGGACACCGACAGACAUUUCAACAGAUUCACAGAGACCGAUCGGUAAACGGUGUCCCGGUUCCACCAGAGCAGCUUCAGGACAUGGCGGAAAGGUUUAAUUUUGUGUCCACUUCAUCUCACGUCCAUCUGAUUAAGUUUGAGUUCUGGGAGAUGAAGUAUCGUCUCAUGGCACUUCUCAUGCUAGCCGAGUCAAAGCUCAAAUCCUGGAUCAUUAAAUACGGCCGACGGGACUCAGUGGAGCUUCUUCUGCACAAUUAUAUUGCGUUCAUCGAAGGCCAUAAGUUCUUUGAGCAGUAUGAAACCACGUUUUGGACUCUGAAACAAGCUGCAGACUCCUACUUGGAGUCUGGGGAUCCAGCUGAGGAGGUAGAAGGCGUGAAUAAGUUUCUGAGCGAUGCGACAGCGCAGUGGAAGAACCUGUCAGUGGAGGUGCGCAGCGUCCGCAGCAUGCUGGAGGAAGUGAUCUGCAACUGGGAGAAAUACAGCAGCACAGUGGCCAGCCUGCAGGCCUGGCUGGAGGACGCCGAGAAGAUGCUCAACCAUUCAGAGAGCGACAAACGGGAGUUUUUCCGGAAUCUUCCACACUGGAUUCAGCAGCACAUGGACAUGAAUGAUGCUGGAAACUUCCUGAUUGAGACGUGCGAUGAGACCGUGUCUCGAGAACUGAAACAACAGUUGCUCCUUCUCAACGGCAGAUGGAGAGAGCUGUUUGUCAAAGUCAAACAUUAUGCAAGAGCAGAUGAAGUGGACAAACUGAGAAAAGAUUAUGACGAUGGGAUUGAAGCCUUAAAAGCAUUUAUUGACUUGGCCAACGAGAGGAUGAACACUCCAGUUCAAGUUUCAUUUCUGAACAUACGGACAUAUCUACAAGACGUUGAGGACAUCAAGCACAAAGUGCCAUCCAUGGAGGCGGCGUACAAGACGGCCACACGUAACGCACAGCAGCUGACCAAAGACCUCACCGAGGAAGAGAUCGCUCGGAUGCUGGCUACCAUGGCAACCAUCAAGGAUGAGCUCAGCAAGAUAAGAGAAAGAGCUCUGCCUCUGCUGAGGGACUCCCAGGCCAUGCUGCCACCAUUAGAGGAAAUGGAGAAACAUAUCACUGGGUUCUACCAGUCGCUGGAGAAGGCGAGCCGCAUCACUUCCUCCCGGGACUCCGAGGCUCCAGGAGACUUCAAGCAGAAGUGUCAGGAGCUGGUGACCUAUCAGCAGAGCUGUAAAAAGUGUCUGUCAGUGAUUGACAAAAACCAUCAGAUCAUUCUGAAGUCAUUGGACACCAGUCAGAACCUAAAACACCUGGACACAUCACUACUAGAGAGGAGAAUCACCGAGCUUCAGGCCUCUUCACAGGGCAUGGUAAAAGAAACCACAGAAUGGAAGAGGCAUGUGGAGGCGAACAGCAGCCUGAUGAAGAGAUUUGAGGAGUCUCGUGUAGAGCUGGAGAAGGUUCUGAAAAUAGCUCGCAGCUCCAUGACUGAGAGAGGAAGCCCAGAGGACCUUCUGAAAAAGCACACUGAGUUCUUUGGGCAGCUGGAUCAGAGAGUUCUCAAUGCCUUUCUGAAAGCCUGCGAUGAACUCUCAGAUAUUCUACCAGAGCAAGAACAACAGAAUCUGCAGGAAACAGUCAGGAAGCUGCACAAACAGUGGAAGGAUGUCCAAACAGAGAUUCCCUCUCACCUGCUGCAUCUGAAGGUGGAGCUGGAGAAGUGUCGUCUGAAGGCAUCAGUGCAGGAGUGUCAGGCUGAACUGGCCCGUGAGAACCGCAGUCUGCCCAGCAUGGGCAGCGAGAGGUUAAUCAAAGAGCACAGGAUGUUUUUUAAGGAAAAGGGUCCACAGGCUCUUUGUGAAAAGCGCUUACAGCAUAUGGAGGAACUGCGCUCAAAGCUUCCGGAAAGCGAACAAGCCCGGCAAACACUAGAGAAUGCCAGGACGGUGUUUGCAGAGGUCAGAGAGGAUAUUGACAGCAUACAUCAGAAACUAAUGCAGCACCCGGACAAGUGGAAGGAGUUUAAUACCAGGUUCUCUGAACUCUCUGCCUGGGUUACAUCGAAGGAAAGUCAACUCAGACUUCUGCGAAACAGAGCUGGAGACCCCAGCAAGUUUGGACAGGUCAAAUCCACCAUUGAGAGUCUGAGAAACGAUGCUGAACUGCAGGAGGGGAACGUGAGCUGGCUGAAGACGCGUUUGGCCGCUCUGAUAGAGGUUUGCACGGAGAGUGACACUCAGAGACAGGGGGCUGCUCUCAGCAAACUCUCCAGUGACUUCAAGGGUCUCCUCACCUCCCUUUCUGAGUCAGAGAAGGUCGUGCUGGCGGUGAGCGACUGUGUGCAGUUCAGAGAGGAGGUGAAAACUACACUGGAGGAGUUGACACAGGGUCAGCAGGAGCUGCAGUCAGUGACCAGCAAGAUUCUGAACUCUGAGUCCGUCAGAGAAGCCCAACAACUGCUGCUGCUUCAUCAGCAACAACUGAAGCGUCUCCGGCUCAAGCAGAAGGAAAUGCAAGAGCAGAUAAACCGUGGAAAGCAGCUGCAGAUAGAGGAGGGUCUGGAGGAGAACUUACAGGAAGACCUGCAGAAACUAGACACCACCUUGAGCAAAAUGGAUCAAAGCACAGAGUCACAGGAAAAGAACCUGGAGGUGACUUUAGCUGCUUGGCAGGAGUUUGACAGUCAGCAGGCAGCAGUGAGGGAGUUUGUGGGUAAAGUGCGAUCGGUCACAGAGAGAGAGAUGAACUUCAGCAGUCCAGACAGUCUCAGCACAGAGCUGGAGCAGGCCAAGGAACUCCUGAAACAGUGUGAAACAGAGGCCAGACAGGUGAACACUCUUCUCAAGAGGGCCGCAGAGAUCCAACUAGGCCCCAAAAAUCAGUCUCUCCUCCAGGAUCAAGCACGUGCUCUGAGUGAACAAGUGGACAAAGUUGAGACUGGACUCAAGCGAGAUGUGAAGACUUUGGAGGGCAUGAAAGAUCAGUGGGAUUCUUUCGGGAGUGAGUUUGAAGCUUUUUCCACAUGGAUAACGGAGAGAGAAAGAGAAAUGGAUGCCUUGAAAAGCUCCAGCACACCUUUGGACCAGCAAAUCUGUACCGUAAAUACAAUCAGAGAGGGUCUGCAGGAGAGGUUAAAGGUCCUGUGCAAUCUGGAGGAGAAAUCUCAAGCGCUGGUCCAGUUUGUGUCGUCUGGCGAAUCCGCACGAAUCAAAGCCCGUCUGACACAGAUUGGCAGAUACUGGGAGGAGCUUAAGGAGAGUGUGGAACACCUGAAUGGACAGUUGGAGGAAAGCUCCUCCCACCAGACGAAGUUCAGUGCCAACCUUCAACAGCUACAAUCAGAGGUUGAAGAUAUCCAAAAGAAAUUUGACAGCCCUGUCACCUCCUGCGUGUCUUCAUCCGAGACCUACAAAACUCUACAGAGUCACAUGGAUAUGUUCCAGUCCCUGGAAAAGCUUAAGGCCACCCUGCUGUCCCUGUCUGCUGGCGCCCGCAGGCUCAGCGAGAGAGAGAAGGCCGAGAGAGCCGUGGCGGUCCUGCAGCAAAGUUAUGAGCAGUGUUUAAAACAGGCCAAGGACAAGCAGAACCUAAUGGAGAGCCUUAUGUCACAUUGGCAAAAGUAUGAAAAGGAUUGGUCUGCCCUGCAGUCAUGCCUGGAGAGAUGUGAAUCCAUAACCAGCCCUGACUCUCAGUUCCUUCCGGUCGACAAACUAAAGCUGGAUGGAGAACUGCUGGAACUGAAACACCUACAGAGUGAGCUUCAGUCUCUGCAGUCGGUUUACAACAGGCUGGUGGCCCAAACGCCAACUCUUUACACCACUGCAUCAGAUGAACGUGUGAAAACACUUAAAGAAGGCCAUGAACGGCUCGAGAAAAGAUGGAAGUGUCAGACCGCAGCUAUACCUCAAAGAAUCCAAGUGCUUCAGGAGCACCUUUCUCAGGUGGAACAGUUUGAGCAAGCCCUGCAGAAGUUCCUCAAAUGGGGAGAGUCUUUCCUCUCAUCUUUACACUCGUUUUCUCAUGUUGAUAUCACUGAUCUUCAACCUGCCACUAGUGAUAUCAAGGUACGUUCCAUUAUGAGAGCCUCCAUUCAGUAUGUG